AUGACAGAUUCAUUACUUGUAAGUUACACAGAAUUGUUGUUUGCCAUAAGCAUCCAUUCAACAGUGGCGAAUCGUCAUCAUCAUUACGGUCGAUUUAUGGUUUGUUGCGGGUUUGAAGAACAACAACGAAAUUCCACUAAGAAAGAAAACGAAUCGUUUUGCAAAAGAAUUCUUCUUGUGAAGUGA